GCUGAUGUUGGAGGUCAAAGAUUAACUUAUUAUCAUUCAUUGUUAUAUUUCGUGACAGUGUUGAAAGAUUACUUAAAAUGGGCCUACUAAAUUAAACAUAAUAUGAGCAUGCUGUAGUUAGACUUGGUAUAGUAUACUACAGUCAAUGACAAUUGUCAAUAAUGUUUCUUCAAUCCUGUUAAAGAAUUAGAACUCUUUAGAACAGAGGAGAGACAGAAUUAGAUAGAUACUUCAUUUCAUCAUAUUGGAAGAUUCUAGUCUGUUAAAAAUAUCAGAAAAUCAAUAAUUAGGCCUUUAUUAAUAUUAUGAGUGUUGAUGCCUGAAAACUGUAAGUUAUUUGGCAGUAAUCUCUCUUUGCAAUGAUUUUCUUCUUAACUUAUUUAACUGAUAAAAAUAAAGAAAAACAGCCAGUGUUGACAAAUAAGCAAGGAUCUUAUUCAUAUUAUUUUUCUAUAAAAUGUCAUUGGACUUUGUACUGAAAGGCUCUCAUUUUGAUAUCAUUAUACGAAAUUAACUAGGUUAACGAGACUUAGCCUGAUUAUAAUCAACAGGGUCAUGGUAAAUUAGCUACGUAAAAAAAAGCACUUAUAGAAUGAAUAUGAUAAAUGUUUGAAACCACUUUUUAAGACAAUCUAUUUUUUUCAGCCAACGCCAACAGUCUACAAAUCAUCAGAUCAAAAUGAGAAAACGACCUAUAGGCCAAAAGGUAGAUGACAGCAAUGUAGCAGGAGAAGAAACUGCUACUCAGGUAUGCAAAUCCGCAUGCCUGUCUCUGUGGGAUUCCUUCCUUAUGUUGGACCAUCACUACACAGCUCAGUUUGCUAUAUGCGCUACCAAAGAAUCUUCACUAGCCAACCUUCGACCGUUCAUGAAAUUGCUUGAAAUAAGUUGUCAUGGUGUUCCCUGGAUUCUUGGAGCAUGCAUUCUAUUUCUAUGCUGCCAUGAACCCCAUGAUAUUGAAGUAGCAGUAAAUUUGUUAUUUGGUAAGUGUUUAAUGUUAUGAACACAAAAUGGCACUUAAUCUUUUGUUUAUGCUUGACUUUGUUAAAUAAUUUUUAUAUUUUAAUAAACAUUUCAACUUAUUAAAAACUAGAUUUAGAUGAAGAUUUUAAAUCAGAUGAAGAAUAUUAAUUAAUUAACUUUAUUAAGACUCUAUUAUCAAACUAAAAAAUGGAAUACAUGUCUGAUCAUUUGAGCCAUUAUAACCCAUUUUUACUAAAGAAUACGAGAUAAGCAAAAAAUAUUUGAAUUCUCCUCACUUGAUAAAUCUAAUAGCUUUUGAAUCUCUUUUUCUCACCAGCUCUUAUUUUUGACCUGAUUGUGGUGGGAUUGAUGAAGAUGACAUUUCAGCGAGGCCGACCUAGUCACAACAUCAUGGAUAUGUUUGCGACUGCCUCUGUAGAUAAGUUUUCAUUUCCAUCAGGACAUGCUACUCGAGCGUCCAUGAUGGGCUUGUUCCUCUGCCUACACCUUUUCAAAAAUCACUUGCUAAUGUUGCUCACUAUUAUAUGGUCUCUGAGUGUUUGCACUUCUAGGGUACUUUUAGGAAGGCAUCACAUUUUUGAUGUGGUAUGUGGUUUCUGUAUUGGAGUCUGUUCAUACUAUCUAUACCAACAGGCCUGGGUUUCACAGGAAACAAUAUUAUCCUACCUAGACACUUAUUUUGACCAUGUACAUCUUUGAUAAUUAAAUUGGUGCCUAAGUCGUGAACAUAUGUAUACAAGUUUAAACUCUUGAUUAUUUUGUCAUUAACUUAACUUUUAUUUUGUAUGUGAAUUGAGAUGACAUGAAUAUAGAUGCUCCUAUUUAAUUAUUUAAAAAAAAUAUAUUCAGCCAUGCACCUAAAAAAUUAUUGGAUAGAAAGUUAAAUAGUAUUAUAGUAUAGUUUGUUGAUUAAAAAAAAGUAAUACAAUUUGUUUUGAAAAAAAAAAAAAGCAUUAGUGAAACUAAAGUAGUAAGUUUUAGCAUUAAAACCCCCCACCAACUAUGACCUUUGACCUUUUGUAACUGUCCUUAAAAUCCAACAGCAAUGCAUUUAUCAUGUCUCAAUGAGCUCUUAUUUUAUGAAAGUCUCUUUUUCUCCAGGAAUAGUAUGAAUUGAAUUUUGAGUACAAAUUGUGUUUCUAAUAUUUUGACACAGAAUCUUGUUUACAGUGUUUUAUCAUGGGGCAUAGAGCUUGUUCACAUAUUGUUUGUUUUAAUUUUAAUCUUUUGUUUGAGCUCAUAAUACAAAUGUUUCUCCAGGAAUGAAUUUAAUGGGUCGAUCGAAAUGGGCAUCCUUGCUGGGAAUAACCUGGCUCCAUUUGAACAGUUUAACUAGCUUUGUAAGCCAAUAAAUUCUUAAUUAGAUCUUUUAAAUAACAUUUUUAGCAAUACUAAGCCAUCAUUAUAUAAUAUAUGUAUAAAUAGAUAAUAAUUUAUAAAUCUGUUUGCUUUAAGCAACACUAGAGAGUAAAAUGAACAGGUGCCCAAACAGGCAUGAGCAAAUGACAUAAUAUUGCAAUGAUUGGAGCUUGAACCUGGCAACUGUGAUAAAUCAAACCAGUGAAUUAAGGAAAACCAUUUAUUAUUAUUAAUGUUUUUAUUUUGCAAAAGGGCGAUGGUUAAAUGAGCCUCUUUUAUUUUAUUUUUUUGCUUAUGUUUUGAAUGAUUUUACCCUAGGGCUGUAAGGGGUACAGAAAAAUGCAACUGUGAAAUGAUGUUUAUGGGAUGAUUUUAGUAGCCUGGAAAUGGAAGAGACAAUCAUUAUCAUGUUUAUCAUUGAAAACAUUAUUCAAAGGAAAUAUUAUUAAAAUUGGUUGUUUUGUUCCUUAAUGAUAAUAUCUUGCACUGUGGAUAUGUUUCGACACACCAGUUAAAAUCUGCUGCCUUGGAAAAAUGGAAGAGUUUACUGGCUCGCCUGUUUGAACGAAUGAAAGAUAAACUCUGGUUCGUGCAUGGCUUUUGCGCUUUCUUGUCAUAAUGGAGCACAAAUGCCAUUUUUAAGCUGCACUUAUUUUAUAAGUUUAAUAUAUUAAAAAAAAACAAGAGUAACAGGGAAUAAAUAGAAAACAUUUUGUAUGGAUAUUCUUCAGAUUAAUUGUAGGCAGUGUUUCAACCUUGUAUUUACUGAUUUUUUAAUUGAUAUUUACUACAAGUAAAAUUUUUAUCAUAAAAUUAUUAUCAUCAUUAUUUUUUUAUGAUAAUAAUUUUACUUGCCAUGAAAAAGUUUAAAUGUGGAUAAAAUCUAACUUACAUAUUUGAAUAUCUGCCAUUACAAUUCAUUAAGUAAUUUAAUUGUGCUUUUGGGAACUACUCAAGGCAUGCAUACACAACUAUUAAAUGAUUAUGUAUUUUACUAAAAUCCACGUUAUACAGAUUGGAAGAACUUUGGGUGUCCACUCACAGUACUAGGGUUAAGUUUUCACAUAUAACUAACUCUCUUUGUAAAUUGUACCAUAAUGAUGAUGAACCUUUGAAGGGUCACUACUAAUGCUAAUACUAUUUCAAAAGUCUUUAUUGUUUGGAUGAAAGUCUUGUUGCUUAUUAUAUUAUACUUGAUAAUGUGAUUUAUGUUUCUUAUUUCCCCUCAACUCUGUAUGUCCUACUUUAUUGGCAUACUUCAUGUUUUACACUGGACCUUUUUUUCUUCUCUUUUUUUAUAUAUUUUUUUUGGUGAGGUAAUUAAUAAAAAUGACUUAGAUCAAUUUUGAAGUAUUCAAGGCAGCAUUCUCAUGUAAAUUGAUUUUUUUCUCUUUGGUUGUUGGUGCCUUCUCUGGUUUGUGUGACUCAAUUUCAAUGGUUCUCAAACUUGAUUUAUCAGCAAAACCUCAUUUUAUAAGACAAAAUUUGUAAUAAACCUUGGGGAUAAACAUUUUCAAUGUGUUAAAUAUGAAGCCCUCGAAGUCUAUUCCCCCCUGGUGACCUCCAGUUUAAGGACCUGUACUAUGGGUUCACCUGUCAACUUGAAUGAAACAUUGUGUUUACUUUAUAAAUCUCAUGGUAUUUUUGUCUAAAAGUUAAACUAUUCUCACCUUCAACUAAGAUAUCUUGAUGGGGACACAAUUGGUCGUGAUGGUUUUUUUCUGCUGCUUAAACAUUUUUUUAGAUACCAUAUUUUCCGGCAUAUAAGACGACUGGGCGUAUAAGACGACCCCCUACUUUUCCUUUUAAAAUCUAGGGUUUGGCUGUACACCAGCUCAUAAGACGGCCCUAAGCGUAUAAGACGACCCCCGACUUUUGACAAGAUUUUCAUGGGUUAAAAAGUCGUCUUAUAUGCCGGAAAAUAUGGUAGAUGGUUUGGAAUAAAGGAUAUAUUAGGUUUAGUAGAAAAUAAAAAAAGAAAAAGUACUGGAAAAGCUAUGACGUGUCCCAUUUGUUUAUACAUUUUUUAUAAAAAGCCUUUCUCAAGUGCGCAUCACCAAAAAUUAAAUAAAAGUUAUAUUUCUGUGGAGGAUGCUGUGAUAAGCUUUUAGCUUUUAUUCUACAGGUAUAGAGAAGGGGUGGGCAACCUGUGGCAGGCUGAAAUCUUUAUUCUGGCACACCAGCCCUUCCCAGAGAUGGAUUCAUGUUUUUGUAGAUUGAGCAAAUUGUGAUCUCUAAAAACCCUUUGGCAAAAGUUAAUAACAGUGAAGAAUUGUCUACAUGAUGAUAAUAAUCACAGCAAAUUAAAACAUUAUUCCACUGCUUCUAUGGCUGGUGGCCAACAAAUUGACCAGCUGUUGCUCACUAAGUGUUUGCUGUCAGUGGCCCAGACCAUAUCUAAUCUGUUCAAGCUGUUGCUGGCUGUUUUAAAUAAAACAGAUGACAGCAUGGGCAGGGCCUCAGUGGCAGGUCAGGGCCCUCAGUGGCAGGGCAGGGCCCUCAUUGGCAGGGGAGAGAUGAGGGUUUUGUGUUGUUGAAUUGUAUUUUUUUUGUGCCACAUUUCACAAAUGAGAAGGUUCCUAUUGUCACUAUGUCAUCUUUGUCCCAUGGUGCUCCUACUGAAAUUUUAUUUUAUUUGAGCCAUCACUGGCUUGUAUGUAUGUAGUCUGAUUUGAAUGUGAUUUCACAAAAUGUCAAAUAGCAAGAUUUUUAAACAGUUACGUCUUUGAUCAAAUUUUUAAGAAGAUUUAUCUAUUUUUUUCCUUUUUUAAAAUGUUGUGACAGCGUCCAUAACCAGUUAUGACGUCAGUGAACUCCUGACUGAUAAAGGUUCCAUUUAUCUGGACAGCUGAUCAAAACAUUAUUUGUUAUUCUGAUUUUGUAUAAUCAUUUGAUAAUCCGUGACCGACUCUUGUGUAAAUCUGCAUCCACCUACUCUUUAUGAGCCGAUUAGAGCUCUUCUGUAAACACAGUGGGCAUGAUUAAUCGCUUUACAUUUCUGAUUAUAAGAGACACAUUUUAUAAUGUAUUAUUUGAAGCAUUUUAAAUUUCUUUUUAAGGUCUUUGGACAGAUGCCAAAGAAAUGAUGUGUUUAUGAAUAAUAACCAAUCACUUGAUGUGCUCAAAUUACUCCGCUUUAUAAGUGAAAGCAGAGUAAUCUCCUCUUGUCUAUUCUCACAAAUUUAUUUAAAUUUUUAAAAAAAGAGUUUAUCUUGGUUUAAUUAGCCCUGUGAUUAAAUUUGGUUUCUAGCAAGGGUGAGUUUAUAAAAAAGAAUUAUAAAGAGAUAGUUGUCCAUAUCGUUAAUAAAUAAACCAGUAUUUGAGACUGACUCAAAUUAAUAAGUAAUGUAGGUUAAAUCUGUCCUUUUAUUUCCAUUUGUAUACUGUAUUUCAAUCUGGCAUACAUGUAUUUCAAUAUGGUAUGCAUGUAUUUCAAUAUGGUAUACAUGUAUUUCAAUAUGUUAUACAUGUUCUUUUAUUUCAAAAUGAUGGUUUUGGUUGCAUUUUUUUGUUGUCAAGGGAGGUGACUCUGACGGCUAACAUCUUCCAGUCCUUUGUGGCUUGACAAUGUUGUAUGCAGAUAUGACAUUUAUUUACAUUGUUUGAAUAAAAUAAUUAAGCCAAAC